AUGACUGCGUUGCUUCCCAGCGAGAGGGACGACCCGUUGCGCUCUCCCCGACUCCAGACGUACUUCCUCGAGAACCACGGCCACUUCCUCAAACAACCUAUGCCCGAAUACUACGAGGCCGAGGAUUCCAGCUCGUCGCCGCCGUCUACUAACUCCAGCAUCCCAACGUCGCCCGUCUCCCGCCCUUCCUCCACCCCGCCCCUCUACACCCCGACUCUGAGCAGUCUCUCGCUGGACGCCACUUCCGAUGGCAAGGAGGACGAAGGGGUAUCGCUACUGGCCUUUGAGAGCGAUGGGACUGCUGCACAACCCCUAAGCGAGACUUCCAACACUCAAAGCGACCAGUCGCAGGCAGCCCCAUACCCAGGCGUCCCAAUAUACAAGACCGCCAGUGACGACUCUUCGAUUGAAGAGGAACCCGACAGGCACGUCGACUAUCUCUCGCACGAAUGGCGUGAAGAGGAUAUUUGGGCAUCAUGGCGCUAUGUCGUGAACCGAAGGGAUCGAUAUAGCAACAGCGUACGGCUAGAGAACGCAUCGUGGCGAACCUGGGCCAAGUCCAAGUACGGACUACGAACCGUGCUGCCGGAAACGCUGAAUUGGCUGAAAGACUGCGAUGUCACAUGGCUCUACGGGCCCCUACAGACGGACAAGACCCUACUUGACUCUAAUAACAAAUCUCCACCUCCCAGUCGAUUAUCGUCGACGAAUUCCUUUCUCGACAGAAAGUCGAUCCUGAAGAAGAAAACCGCCUCCGAGGCUAUCCUUCAGAGGUCGCUGUCUCAACACACGCUUUUGAAACAUGCCGGUGCUAUUUUACAAGCACAAAAGGCAGAAUCCAACCGUGGACGGCCGUCUUUUGUGAGAGCCACCUCGGAUGUCGGCCUCCCAUUAAAUCGAAGGAUGAGCUACAGCUUCGACUCGACUCGUUGCACACCUACCAACUCUACUUCUUCCGGGCUGAUGUCCCCGACGGAAAGGAGGCAUAUUCAUUUCAACAACGAAGUGGAACAAUGCAUUGCCGUUGAAGCCAAGGACGACGAAGAGCAUGCCCCUGAUCCAUCUGCUUUCUUCCUUGGAGAAGACGACGACGGCGACGAAACGGAAUCAGAUGACGGCAUAGUCAUGAUGAAGCAAUUCAGCCCCAAGGCAUCGCCCAGCUCUCGAACCACGCCGCGCAACAGCUUCAGCAGCGAGAGCAAGACUAUCGCCCCCCUUCCUUCUACGACACUAAAAUACAGAAGCGACACCCCCGAACCACCCUGGCGUCAACAGCAAAACCAACGGAGCCAAGGGCGUGACACAUCUCCGUCACCGUCAAUUGAAACCCUUCGGCCACCACGACCAGACUCCAAUUUCCUGUUGAACGACGACGACCUGCAAUCGGGAUUCUCAGACUACGACAUUCCCGGUGAUCGUCCGUGGUUUGUGGACUCUAAAGACUCCGAGGAACUGGACAACGGUGGAAACCUGCAUCUCACUCCCUCUGGCAUGUUCAUGCCGUACGAAGACAGCGAGUCUGCCUCUGGCGGGCUCUUUGGGCGCAUUGCCGACACUGUCAAUACUGCUCGCGAUAUCGCCCAUGUCAUCUGGAACGUUGGGUGGCGGCGGUGA